AUGCCCCUCAGUACAGUUAUUUGCAUUGGUAUGGCCGGCUCCGGUAAAACCACUUUCAUGCAGCGUUUGAAUUCGCACUUGCGAAGCAAAAAGAAUGCACCGUAUGUGAUCAAUCUGGACCCCGCUGUGCUGAAAAUUCCUUAUGGAGCCAAUAUCGAUAUUAGGGACUCUAUAAAGUACAAAAAAGUGAUGGAAAAUUAUCAGUUAGGUCCAAACGGUGCCAUCGUUACAAGUCUCAACUUAUUCAGCACCAAGAUUGACCAAGUCAUCAAACUUGUCGAGAGCAAGAAAGAGAAAUUUCAACACUGCAUAAUAGACACUCCAGGCCAAAUUGAAUGUUUCGUUUGGAGCGCAUCAGGCUCAAUAAUAACGGAGUCAUUUGCAUCAACUUUUCCAACUGUCAUUGCGUACAUCGUGGACACACCUAGGAAUACAUCCCCAACGACGUUUAUGAGCAAUAUGCUCUAUGCUUGUUCUAUCCUUUACAAGACCAAGCUGCCCAUGAUUGUUGUGUUCAAUAAGACAGACGUUUGCAAGGCUGAUUUUGCCCGCGAUUGGAUGACAGAUUUCGAGGCGUUCCAAACUGCUCUAAGAGACGAUGAAGAUUCCAACGGCACUUCAGGCAUGGGUUCCGGCUACAUGAACUCUUUAGUGAACUCCAUGUCCCUAAUGUUGGAAGAGUUUUACUCGCAGCUGGAUAUGGUGGGUGUCUCGAGUCAUACCGGCGAAGGGUUCGAUGAUUUUUUGAAAGCCGUUGAUGACAAGGUUGGUGAAUACGAGGAGUACUACAAGGCUGAGAGAGAAAGAAUCUUGAAAGCGAAGGAGGAGGAAGCAAAGAGAAGAAAGGAAAAAUCGCUUGACGGGUUAAUGAAGGACUUAUCCCUCAACCAGAAGACCCAGCCACACAAAGAUACUGAUGAUGGCGCCGAUGUGCUGAGUGAUUUCGAGGAGGGCGACGACGAUGGUUUGGUCGAAAGAGAUGAAGAUGAAGGCGCGGAAAGAGAAUACACUUUUCCGGGUGAGGAACGGACCCAAGGUGAAGUUAAUGAAAGAAGUGCACCAGAUCUGCAGAGAAGAUACCAAGAGGCAUUUGAAAACAUGGCAAAGGAUGCAGGUAGUAAAACCGCGGAGAAUAUCGCCAACUAUAUAAGGAACUGA